AAACGAUGACAAUGAUUUGUUUAUAUUUUCUAUAAACACUUCACGUGUUAAAAAAUUAUUGUAGCGGGUUGUAAACAAAUAUUUUGCUUUUAAGUUAUAAUAAAAUAUUAUUUAAUUAAUGGCUACGUUUAAUCAACAACUGGUGGAUUUUCUCAAAGACUGCGGAGUUUGUCAAAUAUGUCAAUUAAGAUAUUUAAAAGCUCGUGGCAAUGAAUACAAAGAUUUAAAAGACAGCUUUGAUAAGCUAAAAGUUAAUUAUGUAGAAGCAACUGAAGAUGACGAAGUGGAAAGUGCGGCCAAAAAACAAAAAUUAGCCGUUUGUCCUUGUUGUUUGGGAUUAUUUUCAAAAGAUUUCCGGGCACAACUAAUUGAGCGUAUCUUGAAAACGGAUAUACAAAAUUUUGAAUGUAAUGACAUUGUGGUAGCCAUUAGUAUGCCAAUGUUAGUACAAGUGCGUCAGCUAUCUAUGUGGUUUGCUUUGUUGGAAAAAUUUGGCCCCCGAAUAGAUAAAGAAAAAGCCCUUGAUGUGCCCUUAAAAGAAGCCGUCAAAUUGAUUAUAAAUCCCAUCGUAUGUGAAGAAUUAAAAAAGGACUAUGAUGCAAAUGGUAUUAUGAUUAAUAUACAAGUGACGCAUGCCCAAGAGGCAGAAGAACUGGAAAAAUUAAAGCAACUACAUGACAAAGCAUUUCCCACGGCGCCAAAUAGCAAACGUCAAGUAAUCUCUAGAGGAGUUUUGGAAAAACAGUAUACACCUAAGAGAGUGAAAGCAGAAUUGUUUAAAGAGUUCUUUCCAGUACCACCACCAGCCGCAGCAGAGCAUUUAACAUUGGAGUCUAUUGAUUUGACAGGACCCACCGUGUUCGUAGCCGGGCGCUAUCGUAAGAUCUCGCGGGAAUUAUCGCACACACCUUGGAUAUUAAAUGGACAACGUAUUAUGGAAGACAGUAUCGAGGAAGUUAUAAUGAGAGCUGUAACACCGCACUUUUGUAAAGACUCGUCGAAAGUUAUAUUCAUGUCCAGCGGCCGCGAAGAUGUUGAUGUACGUUGUCUGGGCAAAGGUCGUCCCUUUGUUCUAGAAAUACCCAAUUCAAUGCGCACCACCUUGACUCCGUCAGAGGCAAAUCGCAUGGAAAAUGAAAUAGAUAAAUCGCUUAAAUUAUCUGUACGCAAUUUGCAAAUGGUUAAACGCGAAGAAUUAGUACAUAUAAAAUCGGGUGAAGAACAAAAGAAAAAAUACUAUCGCGCUCUGUGUGUACUACAACAACCUGUAACGGCGGAGAUUUUGAAAAAAUUAAAUUUACCUGAGGGCUUUGAAAUACAACAGAAAACACCCAUACGUGUUUUACACCGUAGACCAUUGCAUACGAGACCUCGAAUGAUUUAUAAGCUAAAAGCUAUGGUAGAGAAAGAAAACCCCAAAGUAUUGGUGCUUGAUGUGGUAAGCCAGGCCGGCACUUAUAUUAAGGAGUUGGUGCAUGGUGAAUUUGGUAGAACAUCGCCCUCGGUAUCGUCCAUAAUUGGACAACCGGUUGACAUAAUGGCCUUAGAUGUCAUGGCUAUUGAUUUGGAUUGGCCCAAGGAAAUUGACAAUAGUUUAGAAGCUGUAAUGUAAAUACGGAACAAAUCCUAUAAUAAAAAAAAGCAUUUCUUUUGUUUUUCUUUUCUAAA